CCGCAGGCGCGGCGCGGCGCGGGAUGGCCCCGCGGCUGCAGCUGGAGAAGGCGGCCUGGCGCUGGACCCAGACCGUGCCGCCCGAGGAGGUGACGCAGGAGCACAUCGAGGCGGCCUAUCGCAUCGGGCUGGAGCCCUGCCAGCGCGGCGUGUGCAGAAGAAACUGCAGAGGAAACCCAAACUGUUUGGUUGGGAUUGGUGAACAUGUUUGGCUAGGAGAAAUUGAUGAAAAUAGUUUUCACAACAUCGAUGACCCAAACUCUGAACGGAGGAAAAAGAACGCCUUUGUAGGCCUAACAAAUCUUGGAGCCACAUGCUACGUCAACACUUUCUUGCAGAUGUGGUUUCUUAACUUGGAACUUCGGCAGGCACUUUAUUUGUGUCCAAGCACCUGCAGUGAAUAUGUGACUGGUCAAGGUAUCCCAAAAGACAGAGAUUAUGAACCCCAGACAAUUUGUGAACAUCUUCAGUACUUGUUUGCGUUGUUACAGAACAGUAAUAGACGAUACAUUGAUCCCUCCGGGUUUGUUAAAGCGCUAGGUUUGGAUACAGGACAACAACAGGAUGCCCAGGAAUUUUCAAAGCUAUUCAUGUCACUACUAGAGGAUACUUUGUCUAAACAAAAAAAUCCAGAUGUACGGAACAUUGUUCAAAAGCAGUUUUGUGGAGAGUAUGCAUAUGUCACUGUCUGUAACCAGUGUGGCAGGGAGUCCAAACUCAUAUCGAAAUUUUAUGAACUGGAGUUAAAUAUCCAAGGGCACAAGCAGUUGACAGACUGUAUCACAGAAUUUCUUAAGGAAGAAAAGUUAGAAGAUGACAAUCGUUACUUUUGUGAAACUUGUCAGAGUAAACAAAAUGCAACAAGGAAGAUCAGGCUGCUUAGUCUUCCAUGUACACUCAACUUGCAGCUGAUGCGUUUUGUGUUUGACAGACAAACUGGCCAUAAGAAAAAGUUGAACACUUACAUUGGCUUUUCUGAAUUGCUUGAUAUGGAACCUUUUAUGGAACAAAAAGAUGGUGUCUAUAUAUAUGAACUCAGCGCGGUUCUUAUACACAGGGGAGUGAGUGCAUACUCUGGUCACUACAUUGCGCAUGUGAAAGACCCACAGACUGGUGAAUGGUACAAGUUUAAUGAUGAAGACAUAGAAAAGAUGGAGGGGAAGAAAUUGCAACUAGGGAUUGAGGAAGAUCUAGCAGAGCCUUCUAAAUCUCAGACUCGUAAACCCAAGUGUGGGAAAGGAACUCACUGCUCUCGAAAUGCUUACAUGUUGGUGUAUCGUCUGCAAACACGGGAAAAAUCUCUAACAGCAGAAGUCCCAACUUUUCUGCAGGAGCUCGUCGAGCGGGAUAACUGCAAGUUUGAAGAGUGGUGUAACGAAAUGGCAGAUAUGCGUAAACAAAGCGUGGUCAGAGGCAAAAUCAAACAUGAAGAGGUGAAGGAGCUCUACCAAAGGUUGCCUGCUGAAGCUGCCUUUUGUGAUCUGGUAUUUGUGGUAGCUACUGCAAGACUUUGGGCAGUGGAGAAGGACACGGACAUCCACUCAUUCUCUACCUCACUCAGACUUCCUGCUGCUGUAUAUUUUAAAGUACCUAAACAAGAUUUGGAAGGGUGCCCGUAUGAGUUUGUCUCUCUUGAAUGGUUACAGAAAUGGCUGGAUGAAUCUGCCCCUCCCAAACCCAUAGAUAACACUGCAUGCUUGUGCUCACAUGGCAAAUUGCACCCUGAUAAAAUAUCAAUUAUGAAGAGAAUAUCUGAGUAUGUUGCUGACUACUUCUACAGGAGAUACGGAGGGGGGCCCAGGCUAAAUGUUAAAGCACUUUGCAAGGACUGUGUGGUAGAGAGGUGUCGAAUACUACGACUGAAAAACCAAUUAAACGAAGACUAUAAAACUGUCACAAACUUACUGAAAAUUACAGUAAAGGGUAAUGAUGGAUUUUGGGUUGGAAAGUCAUCCUUGCGGAGUUGGCGUCAGUUGGCUCUGGAACAGUUAAAUGAACAAGAUGAUGAUGCAGACCAGAAUAAUGGAAAAAUGAAUGGAGAUGCACAAAACAAAGAUGAGUCAACCGAAGAAAAGAGGGAGGAGGAAGAGGAGUUAAAUUUUAAUGAAGACCUUGUUUGCCCACAUGGUGACCUAUGCAUAUCAGAAAAUGAAAGGAGGGUUGUUUCUAAAGAAGCCUGGAAAAAGCUCAAGCAGUAUUUUCCAAAGGCCCCAGAAUUUCCAAAUAGCAAAGAGUGCUGUUCCCAGUGCAAGAUUCUGGAAAGAGAAGGAGAGGAAAAUGAAGCCCUGCAUAAGAUGAUGGCAAGUGAGCAGAAGACUGCUCUCCAGAACCUGUUCCAAGACAAAUGCAGACCAUGUCUUGGCAGCUGGCCUCAGGAGACAGAUGAGCUCUACAUUGUAUCACAGUUUUUUGUAGAAGAAUGGAGGAAAUUUGUAAGGAGGCCUACAAGAUGCAGUCCUGUAUCAUCAGUAGGAAACAGUGCUCUUCUCUGCCCACAUGGGGGCCUCAUGUUCACAUUUGCUUCCAUGACCAGAGAAGACUCUAAACUUAUAGCUCUAAUAUGGCCCAGUGAGUGGGAGGCAAUACAAAAACUAUUUGUUGUGGAUCACGUUAUCAAAAUCAUCAGAAUGCAAACUGCUGAGACGAGCCCUGAGAGCACGCUUUUCGAUUCUGAGCCCAAGCUGUGUCCAGAAUGCAGAGAAGGAUUGUUAUGCCAGCAGCAGAGGGACCUGCGUGAGUACACCCAGGCCACCAUCUAUGUACAUAAAGUGGUGGAUAAUAAAAAGGUAAUGAAGGAAGCUGCUCCAGAACUGAAUGUGAGCAGUUCAGAAGCUGAAGAGGAAAGGGAGGAAGCUAAACCAGAAGGGGAACAGGAUCCAGAUUUUAACCAGACUAAUGGUGGUGCAAAACGACAGAAGAUAUCCCACCAGAACUAUAUUGUUUAUCAAAAGCAGGGCAUCAGACGGAGCACGCGACACAGAAAAGUCAGAGGGGAAAAGGCACUACUUGUUUCUGCCAACCAGACAUUGAAAGAGCUGAAAAUACAGAUCAUGCACGCAUUUUCAGUUGCUCCGUUUGACCAGAAUUUGUCGAUCGAUGGGAAGAUACUAAAUGAUGACACUGCAACACUUGGCGCCCUUGGAGUCAUUCCAGAGUCAGUCAUUUUAUUAAAGGCUGAUGAACCAAUUGCAGAUUAUGCAGCAAUGGAUGAUGUUAUGCAAGUUUGUAUGCCAGAAGAAGGAUUUAAAGGGACUGGUCUUCUUGGACACUAAUGUUUUUUUAUAACCUCUGGCAGCAGAGAAAUGAUCAGAAACAAAGAGGAUUUUGACAUGGUAGGGCAUUAAAGCAAAGGUGGAUAUAGGACUAAACAGUUGCUUGACUCUUCCGGAAGGCAGAAACCCAUUCUGAAAUGACUGCCCCAAAUGCCUUAUGUCAAAGCAGAUUGCACUGAAGAGACAUCCUGACUUCAAGAGAACGUUUCAGAUUUUAUAUUUAAUAAAACAGAAGUAAAAGUAUAGUAGCAGUAACAAUAUAUCAUGUUUACAGACAAAUUUCUAGCUGAGGAAGGGAGAGGCAUUCUAUUGUUUCCUUGCUCUGAUUUCAUACCACAGUCAUCUGUCGUAAAGAAAUAGUAUUACAGUAGAUCAAAAACAUCUUGAUCUGUCCUAAAGUAACUCUUUAGAGAUAAACCUGCUUACAGAUAUCCUGUCUUCGAUCCACUCUUACUCUUUCAGUACAGCAUGGAAGUAAAUAAUUUGUUAAUUGUGAAGAAUGACUAGCUUUUUCAGACUUCAUAUAUGUACCCCAAAAUGUAAACUGUGGCUUGCCUGUGAAAGCCUUCCAUCAAUGGCUCUUCAGCACAGAGGUAAGGGGGAUAAGGAACUGCCUUCUCUGCUGUCUCUGGAGGCUCCAUCACACACCCAUCCUUUUGCAGUUUCACUUUCAACAUGAUCCGAACUUUAAUAAUCACAUGGUCUUUCUUUGUGAAAUGUGUUUUUAGAAAUGUUGGAUAUUUUAACAACUUUUGAUAACAUCUUCUCCAGUAUGCUACUGCCAAGAGCCAGAAAUCCAUUUCCGCUCUACUGAUGAAUUCAGGAAUGUUGAAUUAAUCUUCACUAGAACAUCAGAAUCGGAGAUACUGAAGGGGGUGAGGUGUCAUACUUGGGGCACAUUUUUCAUGUGAAGAGAUUUUCCUUUUGCUUUCAGGAAUGUGCUAAUCUUUUUUUUUUUUUUUUUUACCAUCUGUAAUUCCCAGAAAGGAUCUCUUCCUGACCCUAUUAAAUAUUAGCUGGAAAUAGCUUACCGCUCAAAUAUUUAAAAGGACGCUGUCAAGGUAUCUUUAAUAAUAAAGUUAAACAUUUCCUGGUAGUUUCAUGCUCAGCUGUGCUCCCUUAGCAAAAUAGCCUCUUGCUGAGUUUGGGAUUUGGCAGUGUUUUAUUAUUGUUUUUAAAUUGGCUGUUUAGAGCAAAACUACUGUAUUUAACAAUGCCAUGAGCAUUGCAGGCAGAUUUAAGGGGUCGGGCGUGGAGAGUGGAGGAUAUAUAAAAACAUGGGCCUGGUAACCUUGAUAGUGUUCUUUUUAACAUUUACCUUCUAUCAGAGUAGUUAUAGUGCUCCUUCAGACAAUGAUUAACCUUUGUUCUUUUUCUCUGUACAGUUUUAAUCCAUCUUUUUCCUCCCUCCCUCCGAAACCAUUUAGGGAAGGUGAUAGGGAACUCAGGCAGCAGGUCUGGACCAGUGAGAGUGGCAAAACAAUUGAUAUAAAGUAUCCUAUUUGGAGCAGUUGUAAGGCCAUAAAUAAUGGCUUGGAAAUGAUUCAGAAAAGGGGACUUAAAACUGAGAUUAUUUCUAAUGUAUCUUGAUUUUGUACUUCAAGAUACAGGGUUUGGAUCCAAUAAAAGGGCUGGAUCUUAGAGAGAUGAAACAGUGCAGCUGAGCAAUUUAUUCUUUCCCAAGGUAAAGACUUCAGUAAAAGUUCAAUAUGCUAUUGUUAGUGCUUGAUUAAGCAACUCUACUUCCCUUGAAAACAGGCUUGUUUGCCUGAAAGAGAUUUUAUUCUUUUUAGACUGAAGCACUCACUCAUGUACAUAGCCCCUGGAAGUUUGAUAUUUUUUUCAAUUUGCUGGUUUUUUGGGAGGGUGGGGGGGUGGUUUUGUUUUUUAUUUUUGUUUUUUUGUUACGAGAGUCUCUUCCUUGAGAUUACAAUGUUCCAAAACUAAGUCUCUUAAACUUCACAGGGAAGAACUGUAAACCAUGAUGUAUAAGUAGACACAAUUACAGAGGUAAUGUAUAGCUGUACCUAAUGGCCUUGGUAUUGCUGUAUCUUACAGCUGUGCAGGGGAAACAGGCACAAGAUGUGUUCAAAGGCACAUUAACCGUUUUGUCUGUAUUUGCAAACAUAUUGGACUAAAAUUGUCAUUUGAACUGUUGAAGCCUUAUUAAAGUGCAUACACAUGGUCUAUCUUCUCGUAUUUUAAUGUAUUGCAUAAAGCAUUUUUUACAUUAA